AUGACCCGCGCACAGCAAACCAUAUCUAUUGGCUUACUUGUCACUUCGUUAUACUUGGCGGUUUAUUUGGAGUUAAUUCCUCUUCCUGGAAAGGUUUCUGAGGAGGUUGUUCCUGUGUUACCGUUCUGGAUGUUGGUUUCGUUUGGAGCAUAUCUUUUGGGGAAGUUGGGCUAUGGCGUUUUCACGUUUAAUGAUGUGCCGAAGGCGCACGCGGAGUUGAUGGAGGAGAUUGAGUUGGCGAGAAGGGACCUUAGGACCAAAGGUGUGGAUGUCGACUAG